UUCAUACUAGACUGACGCUGGUAAAGGUGUUAACCUCAUAAAGUCACAAUAAAUCCUAAAAAACUUUUAUCUUAGUUAUAGUUGCCAUCUCCGAACUCUUGACGUCGCCGGAAUGUUGCCGGACCCACGUAUUCAAUAAGGUCAUAGUUUGGUUACCUUAUCAACUAUUAGAGCGAUUUCAAACUCUUCGAGGACCCUCAAUGUCGUUACGCGGUCCCCCACUUCCUCGGCUACUUCUCAACAACGUUUCUUGCAUGAGAAAUGCCCAACAAAUCUUACGCCACACAAACAUAUCAAUUCAUGAUGGCGGGGCCCUUGUACUCACGGGUGCAAACGGGUCGGGCAAGUCUACGUUCUUACGCAUGUUGGCUGGGUUCUCUAAACCGUCAGCAGGUGAGAUCCUAUGGAAUGGCCAUGACAUAACCGAGUCAGGAGUUUUUCACCAGUACAAACUUCAACUCAACUGGCUCUCUUUAAAAGAAGCAAUAAAGAGCAAUUUUACCGUUCUGGAUAAUGUUCAGUGGUUUGAAGUUCUUGAAUAUAAACAAGGUAAGUCUUUACCUGCUCUCGAGUUCAUGGGGCUUGGGCGUUUGGCCAAUGAAAAGGCACGAAUGCUUUCGAUGGGUCAAAGAAAAAGGUUGCAGCUUGCAAGAGUGAUGGCCAUGGAUAGACCAAUUUGGCUGCUUGAUGAACCUUCAGUUGCUUUGGACGAUGAAGGUGUGAAACUUUUGGAGCAAAUGAUUGCAGAUCACAGGAGUCAGGGUGGAAUAGUCAUUGUAGCAACACAUUUACCAAUUGAGAUAGAGGAUGCUAUGAUCCUAAGGUUGCCUCCCAGAUUUCCCAGAAGGAUAACUUUAGUCGAUAUGCUUCCACAUUGAGGUGAAAAAUUGAAUUCAUCAUUUUGAACUAUUUAUCUUAUUGCCUGUUAUUGUUUCUCGUAAUAUAAAUAUAUAAUAGGCCAGCUGCCUGUUAUUGUUUCUACGUCUUUUAUAUUGGGCUUGGGGACAUUCAUGGCAAGUUUUGGCAGAAAUGAAAUUGUCUAUGGUAAUUCAUUUCA